AUGACACUCCCAUUGAAGGAAGGGGCCGUGUUGCCAAAGCCGAAGGUCUACAAGCUUUCUCGUCGCGAUCAGCAGUUCUCCGACAAGGUCCACGAUGAGCUCCACCAACAAAGGAAGAUGGUGUUUGUGACCCUCAACAACGACGAUGACUUCCUGCCGCCGUUCCUCAUUGUCGCUUACAUCAACCCACCUGUCAGCGUAAUGCGAAAUGGCCAGCUGACUUCAACACAAAGGGAGACAUUUAUUCCGAUAUAUGAUCAAUGGGAUACCCUAUCGAGUCCUGACGGCCCUCUAGUAGGACCGUAG